AUGUCAAGCCGAAGCAGACAUGCUUCAUUUCUCCGCGGGAGUGUCCUAGUUCUUGGCUCGGACUCGGUGCAAUCUCUUCUUCCAUCCACACUCGUGUCCCAGGUAGAUGCCUUGCUGGAGAGCCACCGGAUAGAGGAUGCCGUGAACUUGGCAGAACAGCAGCGCACAAGGUUCCAGUCGAUGUCGAUGGUGGACGGGCGUGAGGCAGACGAGUUGCGGUAUGCGUACCAACGAAUAGGCUUCCAGUGCCUCACCGAGACCCUCUUCGACGACGCGGGCAAGCAUCUCUUUGCGGGAGACCUGGAUCCUCGCCUACUCAUCAGUUUCUAUCCCGAACUGCGCGGCUCGCUCUUCGGGGUGAACGACUCGAUCGACGUGUUCGCUGGCGUCUCCGAGCACAUGCCGAUGGAGGGCUCCAUGGACGACAUCAUCAUCAACUAUUCGCCGCAUCUUCCGCCAAGCACGCGUGAGGCGCCCGCCACGGUCGAGCUGCGCGGUAUCCUUGGCCUCGCCGCGAAAGACAUGCUCGAGGUCUACCUGCGCAAAUGGCGGACGAAGUACGGCUCCAAGGAUGCGGCGGUGCUGCCCAAAUCCAGCGCAGUUAGAACGGUUGUCGAUACUGUUUUAGCGAAAUUAUACGCUGCGGCGGGAAAGACGGCAGAGCUGGACAUCCUCAUCGACGAGCCCAACUAUAUUAUUCUGCCCGAGAUCGAACCGGUACUCGCCAAGUUCCAACGGUACAGCUCUUUAUGCAGACUGUACCGGAGGUGCGGAGAGGAUAACAAGCUCCUUGAUGUAUGGUCGAAGCUAGUGCAGGGCGAGUGGGUGGACGAGAGCGUGCAAGAUCCUUUAUCGAGCAUGUUCACGCUUCUCAAUGAGAAGCGGGAUCGGACGUUGAUUCAACGAUGGGGUAUCUGGCUCACUAAGCGGGAUGCGGAACGAGCGCUGAAGCUGCUCACGUUCCUCGUAUCGGGAAAACGCAAAGCGGAAGACGAUCGGUCGCUGCUGCAGCAAGUCCAAGAAGUUAGCCCUUCAGCCGGUAUACAGUUACUCGAACAUCUGGUCCUACAGAAACGUAGCACCGAUCCAGAUUUGCACAUGCAACUCGCAGUGACUUAUGUGAACCAACUGCUUUCGCAUAUCGCCGACGAGGCAAUAUCAAAGCUAUGGCGAGCGAAAGCGUCGUCAUAUGGUUCCAAUCCGUCAGAUUCCUCCUUCCUCGCCUACUUCUCCUUGACAACGCCAGACUCCGACUCCAAACGAGUACGGCUAAAGACGGUGCUUUUUCUUCAGGGUUCCGCGUUGUAUGACCCCAAGGUCGUCCUUGAGCGCCUCGUUCCGCACGAGAAACUCUUGCGGCUGGAGCUCGCGAUUGUGCAUGGCAAGCUUGGCCAACAUCGCACGGCACUCUCCAUGCUGGUGCAUGACCUUCACGACGCAACGUCGGCUGAGGUGUACUGCACGCUCGGUGGAGAGAUCAUUCCCGUAAAGACGGCGCAGUCGCUUGGUGAGCGAUAUGACCUGCAGCCGUGGGCUGCACUACUGGUCCCUCCAGCAACCGCGAAGACAAAACCCAGCGCGGUGCCGAUGAGUAGGCCGAAUACCGUAGAUGCGGACUUGAAGAAGAGCCUCAUUGGGAUAUUGCUCGAAGUCUAUAUGAGCGGCGGUGAGGCGACGGCCGACCAGACAGCGCGAUUCCUGAAUGCGCAGGCGAUGAACCUUGACGUUCUUGAUGUACUCUCGCUCAUCCCUCCAGAAUGGCCGCUCCGCGUCCUUUCCACCUUCCUCACACGUUCCUUCCGCCGCACUCUGCAUGCACGGCACGAAGCGCAGAUCGUGAAGGCAAUCAGUGCCGGUGAGAACCUCGUCACGGCCGACCGGACAUGGCGCGUCCUGCGCGAGCAGGGUGCCGUCAUCGAGGAAGCCGUCUCAGACGACGAGGAGGGCGACGGUGGAGAUUUGGGCGUGGACGAGAAGGGCGUCCCGGCGUCGUUUGACGAAAAGGUGGAGCUGAGGGGGCACGAAUUCGAUGAGGCGGAGCAGGGCAAUGAGGGUGUUGUAGAUAUCGAAGUCGCACCGUUGAAGGAGUCGGUGGUCGUUCCAGAUCCUGGCUCCGAAGUAGAGAUUGGGACAUAA